AUGUGGAGGGCAGUUCAAAAUUUGUUGGCCUCGGAUUUGAACCUUCACCAUAGACAUAUUUCUAGCUCGGGCAUUUGUUCUUGGUGUCAUAAGGACUGGGGUUCAACGGUGCAUUGUCUCAUCUUUUGCGAUGUUACUAGAGGGGCUUGGAAGAAAACUAAGUGGUGGCUGGUGGUUAAAAAUAAGAAACAUUUCCUUCUUGAAGAUAUUUGCCGCGCGGUGAUUGAGUCUUCGGAUAGAGAGGGUUUUGAUCUGUUUUGUGUCUCGCUUUGGUGGACUUGGAGUUGGUUGUGCAAAGCCAAACAUGAUUGUGAUUUUAAAAAAGAUUUGGAGCUGGUGGUGGGGUGUGCAGAUUUCUUGUGUUCGUUCCAUGAGGCUCGCCGGACCUUUUUGACGAAAGAUAGGCUCCUGCCCAACGUUGGGGAUAACUCUUGGAUUCCACCUCCUGCUGGUUUAUUCCGGCUAGAUACAGAUGUUUCCAUCCAAGGGAACGGGGAGGCUACAGGGGCUGGUUUUCUUGUUCGCGAUCACCGCGGAAAGAUCAUUGCAGCGGCUGCUCACCGAGUGGGAAGGACGGAAACUGUUCUGAUGGGCGAGCUUCACGCGAUGUUGCUCGGGAUUGGUUUUUGUUUGGAGAACCAGAUCGGACCGUUGUUGGUGUUCACCGACUCCCUUCUUGCUGUGCAUGUUGUUCACGAAGACUCGGCUGGUUCGGAAUCCCUUUGCGACGAGCUCUUUGAGGUUUUCUCUCAUGCGCGUCAUCACCUUGUUUUAGAUUUUCGCCAUGCCCGUAGGGAAGCUAAUCGGGCGGCACACUGUUUGGCGAACUUCGCCGCUACUUCCUCUGGUGUAAUGAUCUGGAAGUCGAGCUUCCCGACUUGGCUUUCAGAUAUUGCGUCUCGUGACUUAAUAUAA